GAUAAGUGAUCUGGAAGAUAAAUUAGAACAGCUUCCUUUAGAACUACAUCAGUCAUUUUAUGAUUCAAAUAUAAUAGGUAGCAAUGCAGUAGAAGAGAUAUUUACUUUUUCUUCAAAUUGCUUAGAACCUGAACCUGAUGAAAGCAAAGUAAAAAAUGAAAUAAAGUCCUAA